CAAAGUGCAAACCACACCCAGCCCUUCCUUUCGAAUAUAAACGCCGGAGGAGAAGGCCUGGGGCGGGGGGAGUGGAAGGUUUCGUCAUGCCGGACGCCCCCGCCGGCUGCCGCGUUUGGCUGCGGCGCGGCUGCGGGGCCCUGGCCCACCUGGCAGCUUGGGGGAUGACCGUGUUUCUGCUGCUGCUUUCCAGGCCUGGCACUAGUUUAUUUUCCUGGCAUCCGGUGUUCAUGUCAAUUGCAUUCUGCCUCUGCCUGACGGAAGCCCUCCUGAUCUUCUCUCCAGAGGCCUCUCUUUUCUUCUGCUCCCACAAAGCCAAAGUGCAGCUGCACUGGAUUGCACAAAUGUUGGCCCUCGUGGCUGCCACCUUGGGCUUGGUCUUCAUUAUCUCCAGCAAGAACCGGAGCGAACUCCCACACUUCAUCUCCUGGCACAGCAUCCUGGGUCUUGUGACUAUAUUGGCCACCUGUGGGCAAGUCCUGUGUGGAUUGGGCCUGCUCUUUCCACAACUGCUAAGGAUUUCAUUAGCGGCUCAGCUCUGGAGAUGCCACACUGUGUACGGACUGAUAGUUUACUUGCUGGCCACUUCUACUGUAGUACUGGGCAUUUGUUCUGACUGGUUUCAGGCCCAAAUCAAAGGCAUAGCUUGGUACUUGUGCCUGGGAUUGAUCUUCUGUCCAGCCCUCGUAAUUAUGAACCAGAUUUCUAGAACUUGUUUGUCAAAGAAGAGACAGUAUGUUUGAGGUGUGAUCUCCGCUCAGGAAUCAACAUUUCAACACUAUAAACAUUUCAAACACUAUCGAUAUUAUUUAUGUGUUCUCUUUUUAUCAUGAUCUUUAUUACAUUCCUGUUUAAUUAUUCUAUGCAUCCUGCUGCUUUUGUUCCAUAGGUUGGUUGGGUGUAGACAUGCUAGAGGGAAAUUACGAGUUAGAAUUCAGCAGAUCUUCAGAGCACCCAGACAAGGGAUUAUUUUCCUAACACACAGCAAUGCGUGUAUCCUAUUAUACUGGAAAUGUUAACAUACUUUCUUUUUAAAAAACAUUUUAUUAAAGUUUAUUGCAAGAUAGAAAUACAAAAAGAAACAAAAGUUA